AUGGCCCCUAGAAUAAGCUUUCCAGUCUUGAGCUCCGGCCUUAUUUCCAGUUCGGCACACGCGUCAGUAUUGGGCGUUCUACCGGGUGUGGCUAGCGAGGUCAGGCCGGAGCGGCCCUACUUCGACGACGUAUCCCCUCGCAACGUGUCCGCCGUCGUCGGUCAGUCCGCCGUGUUGAGGUGUCGUGCGAAACACACUGGGAAUAGAACAGUAUCAUGGAUGCGGAAAAGGGAUCUACACAUACUGACAUCCCACAUCUUUACCUACACGGGCGACGCGAGAUUCAGCGUUUUACAUCCCGAGCCUUCAGACGACUGGGACUUGAAGAUUGAUUACGUGCAGCCAAGAGACGCGGGGGUGUACGAGUGCCAGAUAAAUACUGAGCCAAAAAUAAAUAUGGCAGUAAUAUUGAACGUGGAAGAUGAGUCCCUCACUCCCGCGCCCCAGCCGCCGGUCCGAUCCGCAGCGGCCGCAGCUACAAUCUGGGGCUCUCAGGAUGUGUACGUGAAGAAAGGCAGCACGAUAUCUCUGACGUGUUCAGUGAAUGUGCACUCGUCGCCGCCUUCCAGCGCAUCUGUUUUGUGGUACCACGGCAACGCGGUGGUAGACUUCGACUCGCCCCGAGGGGGCAUCAGUCUAGAAACAGAGAAAACAGAAGGAGGCACUACAAGCAAGUUAUUGGUCACCAAAGCCGCUCUCACGGAUUCUGGCAACUACACCUGUGUACCGAAUAACGCGCACCCCGCUUCCGUUUCCGUUCAUGUACUGAAUGGUGAACACCCCGCGGCCAUGCAAACAAGUAAUCGAGCCUCGUCCUACCUCACGUCUCAACUGAGCUGCGCUGCGCUCACUUACCUCCUGUCGUCCAUGGCCUGCAGA